AAAUCUUUAGCACCGGCGGUUUCCUCCUCCUCAGGCAUAAGCUAACGACGAUGAUGAUGGCCACUCACUCUCUCAAUCUGCUUCCCAGAUCGUGUCCUCCACAGUUGAGUUUCUCCUCUUCUUUCAGAAGUUCAAAUCUCAGAUUUGAUUCCAGAUCCAUAACCCAUCGCCAUCGGAGGCAAAAUCUCAGCAUCCGAUCCGUGUUUACGGGAAUCGUUGAAGAAAUGGGCCAUGUCAAGGACCUGGGAAUGGCCGAACACGGCGGAUUCGACCUUCAAAUCGGCGCCAGAGUAGUCCUGGAGGACGUGAAGCUCGGUGACAGCAUCGCCGUGAACGGGACUUGCCUAACGGUGACGGCGUUUGACGCGGAGGAGUUCACCGUGGGGUUAUCACCGGAGACGCUGAGGAAAACGUCGCUGGAGGAGCUGGAGAAAGGAUCGCCGGUGAAUCUGGAGCGUGCGCUGCAGCCGGUGAGCCGUAUGGGAGGGCACGUGGUGCAGGGACACGUGGACGGUACGGGAGUGAUAGUAUCGAUGGAGGUCGAGGGAGACUCGCUGUGGGUGAAGGUGAAAGCGGAAAAGGGUCUGCUGAAAUACAUUGUGCCCAAGGGAUUUGUGGCGGUGGAUGGCACGAGCUUGACGGUGGUGGAUGUGUUUGACGACGAGAGCUGCUUCAAUUUCAUGCUCGUUGCUUAUACGCAGCAACACGUGGUGAUUCCCACCAAGAGAGUUGGGCAGAAAGUGAACCUGGAGGUUGAUAUCAUGGGGAAAUACGUUGAGAGGCUUCUCACCACUGGCGGCUUCUCCAUCAACACGGCACAGGAAAGUAAGGGAUGAUGCUUAUUAUGGUGAGCGAAGCUUAUUUGGGGACCUGUUGGCCGUGAUUUCUGUGUAUGUAAGAUGGAUCUUGACCUCUGUUUCUUUAUAAUGAUGGUACUGAAUAAUUACGUAGCUACACAAAACUUAGGUGUUGUCAGAAAGAAGUAGAUAAACCUCAUCGAGUAAUGAUGAUCGAUUCAUUUGUGUAAUAAACCCAAUAAUCGAUUGGAGAAUAAGCUUAUGGCAUUACCUUCUUUAUUCCUUAACAUAGGUUAUAAUCUUGCUUCUUGAGUUUGUUGAUGAUAAAAAUGGAAUAACAAGAGAAGAUUGAAUCUUCUGUUUUAAAAAGAGUUGAGUACACAACACCAAAAGAGACAUAUAUAACCUGUUUCUUUAACCCAUGGAGCACGUUAUGAGGUGUGUCUGGUAGC